UUUCGCAAUCCUUCUAUGGGAAAUUUCAUCGCACAAAAUUCCAUUCGAUGAUGUUGAAAAGGAUAUGAAAGUAAGAGAUAUAAUUAUAAGUAGAAAAAGACCCGAUCCAUUUCCAGCAGGCACACCGGAAAAGUAUAAAGAAAUAAUCGUGCAGGCGUGGGACCACGAUUUUAAUAACCGUCCGCCAAUUAAAAUAAUUCUCGAGAAACUCGAAGGUAUAUCAUUGCUAAAGACGCCAAAUAUGAAUGUAGCAAUAUCUCUCCACAAUAGUGGACAUUACAGGGAAGCUUUUCCUCAUUUCCAAAUGCUGGCACAAAAGGAUUCUAAAGCUGCAUAUUAUGCGGGUCUUUAUCUCUACAAAGGAACUUACGGAAUUGAAAAAAAUGAAAUUACAGCUUUACUGUAUCUCGGAAAAUCGGCCGAGAGUGGCUAUACCCGAGGUCAAUACUUGUACGCCCAUGCUUGUCUCAAAGGGAUUUAUUAUGAAAAGGACGAGGGCAUAAAGUAUCUUAAAAAAGCUGUUUAUAAUGAUGAUCCCGAUGCGCUGUAUAUGUAUUCUCAAUUAUAUUUGAAUGGAGAGCAUGAUUUUCCUGUUGACAAUUCGGAGUAUAUGUGUUAUUUGAGAGCAGCAGCAGAAAAAGGGUCCAAGGAUGCAAUAAAAGAACUUGAAUCUAAAGAGAAGGAGACCACGAAUUAA